GGUAAUAGCAAUUGCUGUAGUGAACGGAUAGGAUUUGUAAACCGAUGGAGUAACGUUUAGGGAGGUAAAAACUCUGAUAAGGCUAGAUCUGAGAUUAAAUACCUGAUAGGCGACGAAAAGGAAAUAAUACGAAAGAAAAUUAAAUAUAGGGAUACGGUGGAGGUUGGCAAAAUCAGUCCCUUCCAUCGGUUUUACAAGAUCAAGAAGAAGUUUGAAGAUCAAUAUCCCUUUUCUUAUAUUUGGGUCAUUGAUGGUAACGGGGAUCAGCAUUUAGCAAAGUUUUUCGAUAAGAAGCACCAAAAUAAACAAAGUCUAUUUCAUAAAGACUUUAUAUUCACUUCUGUGAUAUCUCCACACCCUCAGAUUCUUGAGAUCAAGGAUCACUACUUAAACGAACUGGUGAUUAUUGAAGAGCCAAGGAGUAAGAAUACCCUUCUUACAGAGAUGAUAGCUGCACAGGAUAAGACUAUUCAUCCAAUUUCAUUCGUUAUCGCUUUGGUAACUAUGAAACAAAUUUCGAAGAUUCUGAAAAUUAUGCAUAAGUACAAGAUCUUCCAUGGGAACUUAAGACCUUCUAACAUUAUUUUCCAAGAAGAGAAGAACUGGAACUCGUUAAAAAUAACAGGAUUUGAGUCAGCUUGAAUACUUGCUGAGAAUCAUAAUUUUGAUAAGAAAUUUGAAGAAAUCAACGCUGGUGAAGACUAUUACUCAACGAUGAAUAUAUAUACAGAAGUCAGGAAGAAAUUUGACUUAGAAGAGGUCAAUGAUUCAUCAUCUAAGCUAUACUAUGCCCCAGAAUUAGCAAAAGGUGGGCCUUCUAAUACAUCUGAUAUCUGGUCAGCAGGGAUCAUUUUCUACCAGAUGUUAUCAAGAGAACAUCCUUUUGAGAACCUUGUCCACCUCGACUUCAACGAUUAUGCAAUCAAACUUGAGAUGAGAAGUCAUGAAGAGAAUUUCUUAAAUUUUGACAACACUCUUUUCCUAGAAUCACCUCAAGAAAUUUUGGACCUCAUUAGCAAGAUGCUUGUCUUUGACGCAUCUAAAAGAAUCUCUGCUAAAAAGCUAAAAGAGGAGAUCAAAUAAUUUAUCUCAUCAAUAUUCCUCAAGGAUUAAACAGGAAGUUCCCAAAGGAAUAAAGAAAUCUAAAUCAAAAACAGCACAAAGCAAAAGCACAGCACAUGAUACCUCAGUUAGGAAGAUCUAUGAUGAGCCAGACAGCGAUAAGGAGCCUCUAUUCAAACAAAAACAGGGCCAAAAAAGUUCAAAAAGAGAACAUCAAAAUUCUCACAUAGAUCUUAAAGGAGCUGAUCAGAUUCGUGAUAAACACUCUGGUGAAGGCAUCAGUGAAGAUCAUGAUGACCAACAUUCUGAUAUAUAUUCUGACUCUGAUUCUGAGAGUGAGACAGAAGAAGAGCUUGCCAGAAAUUAUCAUGAGAAGUCAUCAACCCAAACAGACCAGAUUGAUUCAAGAAAGAAUAAAAAUCAUCAGAAAGCCCAAAUUGCGCCAAAUCAUGCCAGGAAUGAUACGAUAGAUAGAAUGGAUAUUGAAGACAGGAAUUUAGAAAUGAACGAUUUUGUUAAAGAGUUAUUAAUGAAGGGAGACCCAGGCCUUUAUGAAAAAGUUGAAGAGAUGAAAGACUAUGAAGACACAACACUCAGCAAAUCUACCAAACAUAGUAGUAAGAAGAUCAUAUAUAAUGACAAGACUCAAGAGAGAGAUCAAAGAUCAAUAUCUAACAUCUAUGAAGAUCCGAUAGUCUCAGGAAAUGAGACAGAUCCAUUAAAGGAACUAAAGGCUAUUAAUUUGGAUUAUAAGAAAUCUAGUGAAGACAGCAUCCUUGUUUCGGAGAAAGACCCGAUUAAGAAGGCAAAUACAGGGAUAAAAGAAAGAUAUCAGAAAUUAACCCAAGCCAAAAGUGAUGAAUCAAGUAUAGAGCAAAUUAUAGAGCCAAGUGCUGAUGAAAGUAUCGAUCCAAGUGACAUAUCUGAAGACAAGCAGCCAUCUCGGUCUAGCACUGAGUACAGAGUUCACGCAAAGCUGAUUAUUUACGCUACCUGAGCCACCACUCUUGCUUCUGAUUCGAAGAUAGAGAAGAUACAGAAGAGGUUCCUCAGAGUUGGAGAAAAGCAGGAGAAUGUUGAUAAAAACAUAAUCCUGACUUACUUUGGAAAGAAAGUUAUUGAAUGUGAAACAAUCGAUGAUGAUACCAAAGAUACAAUAAUAGGCUUUCUUGCUGCAAAAGAAAGCUAUGACUCAAUCACUUUCAUUCAGGAUUAUCUUGCUUUAGAUUACUUUUUGGAACCAAAUGAAAAAUUUUGAACUAAAAUUUUUGACUCCAUUUGCCAAGGAAAAUCUAAACUUAACAAAAGUGCUCUCAAAACUAUUUUCAAUGGUCGCCUUGAAGUUCUUUACCCCGAAAAGGACAAGAAGCACAUAAUAAAAGCUCAGAAGAAGAUACUAAAGAUGAUCUCUUCCAAAGACAAAAAGUUUAGCAAGGAAGACUUUGUUUCAUUUAUGCUAAAAUAAUUUAAAAUUCAA